CUUCACACAGUGGUUGUGAACGUUCGUGGUAGAUAAGGAUUCUGACGAACGAUGAUGAUGUAAACAUGGGUCGGGUUAGUCUGCUGCUGCUGCAGCUGCUGUGAGGUACAUACACAUUGCUUGUUUGCAGACAAUAUUAGGAGAAAAACGUUCGUGUAGCUCAUAUGUAUAACCAGAAGAUGAUGUCGGGUACUUUUUCUAGCCCUGUCGAGGAAUAUAGAAAUGUUGUAGGGGAGAUUAUCUUUGUGGAUGUUCGACUGCAGCCAUCUCUCUGCCACGGACGAGCCUUGGAGGUUUGCGUGAGUGGUAAACACAUUCAGCUCAUACCAUGGCUUGGGUAUACAAGUAUUUUGGCAGUGAUUGCCUUCAUCACAAAGUUACACACGCUUCACUUAGCAUGGCUUGUCACAGUUGUCAUCAUACAGCUGGUAACUUUUCUUUAUAGGAUUCAUGGAAAAGUUGUUUCAGAGACAUUGCUGCUUAUGGCAGGUACUGGCGUACAAACCACUGCAACCUUUUAUACAGGGGAACAGCGCACGCGCUUUAUCCCCUGGAAGAAUGUAGUUGAUGUUAUUAUUGCCGAAACUAUAUCAUUGCAACGAGUUUUGUUUUAUAUGGCUCUUCUUGUAAGAGGAGAGAAAGCAGUUCAAAAUCCAAAACUAAUACCUCUCUUUUUGGAUGUUUUGCCUGGACAGCAGGCUUCAUCACUUGAAUACAAGGAUAUCUUGGUGCAGGGAAAGUCUUCUACAACGGUUCAUAACAAGUGUUUAGCAUGACCUACUUCCACUAGUGGUCCAAGCUCAUCUGUGACAUCAUCUUUAGCCACACCUCACUUUCAGUUUGAGCAUGUAAGUCUCCAGUCACAUCCCUCCACCUUAGGUUAAGAGACUGAACAUUUUAGUCAGGGCUAAGGGAAUUAUUACCACAAAAUUUCUUUUUCACUUCUACUGUCUCCAGGAUUGUUAUCACUUCUGUAUUCAACUGCUGAAGCUUGCUACACAAGCAAAACAUGUUUUGAUGAAUGGUUUGAAAAAACCGACAAGUUGAAGAUUGAGACACUUAUGCAAAA